AUGCUCAAAAAUGGUUGUAGGGAAUCACCGCGGUGUGAUGAUUCUGACAGCGAUGAUGCAUUUGAACCGGACGAAGUUAUAAUUGAAGGUCCAGAGCAAUCCUUAGCAGGGCCAAGUGGAGAUGCAGUGCCAGCGGACAGAUCCAGUGAAUCACGGCAAGGUCAUGAGCAGCCAAGAGUAAACAGCGACUCAGCUGAGUACGAGAAUAGGCAGAGAUCUCGGCAGCCCCGAUCAGACCGUGACGCAGAGCGAAGACAUGCGCCCUUGGACAGGCCCAGAAGGAAAACAAGAUCCACAAAGGACACUAAAUAUAAGGAAUUUAUUUGCGAAUAG